GGCCUUGGUAAGUGAGGGGGUGGCCUAGAGACCUCUCUACACUGGGCCUCUGUGUCUCCCGGUCCUGGCUUCUCACAGUGAGAGCUUGGGUGGACUGCACUAAAGAACUUUAGCUCUCACUUAGAGAUGAGGAGUGGGAAGGCCUCUUGUGCGCUGGAGACCGUCUGGGAGGACAAGCACAAGUAUGAGGAAGCCGAGCGGCGCUUCCACGAGCAUGAGGCCACACAAGCCGCCGCCGCCUCUGUCCAGCAGCUCCUGGCCGAAGUGCCAGCUGUGAACGGGCCCAGCAGCCAGGAGGACGCGGAGGACACCGACGAGGCAGAAACCCCCAACACCAGCAGCAGGAGUGAUCCUAGGAAGAGCCACGAGUGCAAGAAGCCGUUACAGAAAAAGAGGAAGCGCUCCCCGAAGAGUUGGCUUGGCCAGGCGGACCUGGCCCUUGUGGGCCUCUCAGCUGACCACGUAUGGUUGGACAAGCCACUCUUUGACCAGGCAGAAAGCUCCUACCGCCAGAGGCUGGCAGAUGUAGCUGCCCAGGCAGCCCAGUCGCCUGCCCUGGCCCCUCGAGGGCCCUGUACACAUGGAAGCCAUGUGGCGUGCCACCAUGUGACCUGGGGGAUCUGGGUCAACAAGUCUUGCUUUGAUCAAGCUGAGCGGGCUUUUGUGGAGUGGUCUCAGGCCUUGCUGCUGGCUGCAGAGGGGAGCCAUAGGGAGGGGACUCCUGACACAGGCCAGCAGGCUGUCACUCCUGACCUGGCCUUGGCCUGCCAGCCUUGUCCACCAGCCAAUGGCCAGCCUCCUCUGGGCAGCCUGCAGGCACUGGUGAGGGAGGUAUGGCUGGAAAAGCCCCGUUAUGAUGCAGCUGAAAGGGGCUUCUAUGAGGCCCUAUUUGAUGGCCACCCCCCAGGGAAAGUGCGCCUGCAGGAGCGAGCCAGUCAGGCGGAGGGUACUCGGAGGGGCCGCAGAGACCGUCGGAGCCGCAAUACUGUAGGAAACAAGCGAGCUGGGUCAAAACGGGCCGAUGGGGAGGCUCCUUCUGCCUUGCCCUACUGGUACUUCCUGCACAAGGACGCAGAGGCCCCCUGGCUUAGCAAGCCGACCUACGACAGCGCCGAGUGUCGCCACCAUGCCGCCGAGGCCCUGCGGAUUGCCUGGCGCCUAGAAGCUGCCUCACUGGCUCACCGACCCACGCCCCGUUCUGGCCCAUCCAUGUCCAGCCUGAGACCCAACAGAAAAAUGGCUACAAACUUUCUCAUGCACGAGAAAAUCUGGUUUGACAAGUUUAAAUAUGACGAUGCAGAAAGGAGAUUCUACGAGCAGAUGAAUGGGCCUGUGACCGCUGGCUCUCGGCAGGAGAAUGGCGCCAGCGUGAUCCUCCGAGACAUUGCAAGAGCCAGAGAGAACAUCCAGAAAUCCUUGGCUGGACUCAAGGUGAUGCUGCCCAACUCCCCUGAGACCCUGGGCCAGGCCACCCCUAGGACUAGUUCAGGCCCUGGAGCCUCCAGUGGACCUGGUGGAGACCACAGUGACCUCAUUGUGCGGAUUGCCAGUCUGGAAGUAGAGAACCAGAACCUUCGAGGCGUGGUGCAAGAUUUGCAGCAGGCCAUUUCCAAGUUGGAGGUCCGGCUGAGCACUCUGGAGAAGAGUUCACCUACUCACCGAGCUACAGCCCCACAGACCCAACAUGUCUCUCCUAUGCGUCAAGUGGAGCCCCCAGCCAAGAAAGGAGCCACACCAGCAGAGGACGACGAGGACAAUGACAUUGACCUGUUCGGCAGUGAUGAGGAAGAGGAAGAUAAGGAGGCUGCCCGACUACGGGAAGAGAGGCUACGCCAGUACGCAGAGAAGAAGGCCAAGAAGCCCACACUGGUGGCCAAAUCCUCCAUCCUCUUGGAUGUUAAACCUUGGGAUGAUGAGACAGACAUGGCCCAGCUAGAGACUUGUGUGCGUUCCAUCCAAUUGGACGGACUGGUUUGGGGGGCCUCCAAGCUCGUGCCUGUCGGCUAUGGUAUCCGGAAGCUGCAGAUCCAGUGUGUGGUAGAGGAUGACAAAGUGGGCACCGACUUGCUCGAAGAGGAGAUCACCAAGUUUGAGGAGCAUGUAAGUGGGCAUGGGCACAAGGGAAGGGAAGACGGUGGACCUGGGACACUGGCUCCUGCUGCCCCACAGCCCCCAGGGAGGAUGAGCCGGCAGGCCUCGGGCAGCGACCGCAGCUCUGCCCUUUGUCUCCAUCCGCAGGUGCAGAGUGUCGACAUUGCAGCCUUCAACAAGAUCUGAAAGUCCGAGAGUGUGUGGUUUCAUGUGUGUGAGCACUGCUGAGAUUAAAGACUGAGACUCCGCA